AUGACUUUAUUCAAUUUUUAUCUAUUUAAUAAGGAAGGGGUUUGUGUGUUUUAUAAAGAAUGGAAAAGAGAAAAGCAAUCUGGAAUGCCCAAAUCAGAGGAGUUCAAGUUAAUGUUUGGUAUGCUUUUAUCCCUCAAAUCAUUUAGUGAAAGAUUAACACCGCGAGAUGGUAAUCAUACUGUAAAAUUCUAUCGAACAUCCACAUAUAAAAUGAACUUCCUGGAAACAACAACUGGUCUGAAAAUGGUUUUGAAUUCGGACCCCGGUGCAAACGGAAUGCCUGAACUGAUGCGACAAAUUUACGAGAUAUUCGUGGAUACCGUAAUGAAGAAUCCAUUAGUAGAUACAACGAAAGUUUUAACAAGCGAAUUAUUCUCUUCCCGACUAGACGAUAUAGUCCUCAAACACGGAGCUUAUGUGUAG